AUGAAACUCGAAAAUUUUGUAAAUUUUGCUAUAGUAAAACAAGGCAGAGGCGUCUCAACCAUUACCUUCCAGUGGCAGCGGGAACUUCAAAGGAGAAAACUCAAAAAAGCUAGGGGCACUAUUCAAAUCGCCACAACCACAGAACAAGCUACCAACCAAAAGUUCCCUACGAGUAACAAGCAGGUCCACUACGAAAAGCAAACCACGGGCCAAGAAUCCACGACAUUGGAUACACUAGCCCAGAUACCACGACAUGCGGGAAACAAGGCCCAGAACAUCUACAAAAGCAAUUGUUUGAACCAAGAUCACAACAUCUUCAAGACCAACCUAGGCCAAUCGCUAGCCUAG